AUGUUCUAUACACUUUUAAUUACCACAUCGGCGUGUCUAUUAUCAGCAGUGCUCUAUAGACUAUUCGUGGCCAGGUCAUUGGAGCUUGAGCGCGUUAAGCAGCAAUUAGAUCAUCAUGUUAAGAGCACUGCCGAAGCUUCAGAUGCCAAAGUGUUGCAAUUGCAAAAAGAGUUGAAAGAUUUGCAAAGUGAGUUGGAACUGACGCUAGGCAAAUUGAAGAAGGAGAAAGUUGAUUUGGAAUCCAAGACGAGCGAAUUGAGCCAAAAAGUGAAAUCAUUGGUUGAUGAAGAGGCUAGCACACAAGGCGAGCACACCAAACUAAUUAAACAAAUCACUAGAAAAGAAGAAGAACUUUUGAAUGUACGAGCAGACCUCAGAAUAACACAGGAAAAUGCGAGAAAACUUGAACAGGAGUACAAGUUCAAAUUUAAUACGCAAAUGGAAUCUUUUCUUGUUGAAAAAGAUGCCAGGAUUGCUGAAUUGGAAGUGCAAGAAGCAGAUUGGAAGUCACAAGUUACCAAUUUGACUAAAGAGCUAGCUAUAAAUCAAAAGACUCUAUACGAUGCAAAAAGCAGCAUAAAACGACUUGAACAAACCAUACAAGAGGCUGAGAAAAAUAAAGCAAAACUUGAACAAGAAAAAGGGUUCUAUAUUGCUGAAAAUAAUGAAAACAUUUGUAAAAUUGAACUGAAAACAAGAGAACUUGAAGAAUUGAAACAAAAUUACGAAAGUCUCCAGUCAGACUAUGAGAAAGCAAGCAAGGAUCUCCAGCACUCAGAGCAAGUUGUUAUUGAUACUGAGAAGAUUGUUGAGGAUUUGAAGGUUACGCAAACUCUGUUGAAUACACAAUUAACAAAGGAAAAAGAACAGCAAAAAGAACAGCAAAAAGAGCUACUUGAGCAGGUUAACGAUUUAGAAUCAAAAGUUAGGGAGAAAGAUCAAUUGGUUCAAGAGCUCGAAACUGAGCUUGCACCUUUAAAGGACUUUUAUCGUCAAUACACAGAGUACACUGAUAGUCUCAAGAAAUCUGAUACAGAGUUUUCUGAAUUGAGCACAACCAAUGUAUCUACACCCACACAUUCCAGUAUGUCAGAUAUCUCAGAGUUGCAAAAGUACAUUGUGCACUUGAAGGAAGAAGUUAAUAACUUGCAAGAGAACAGUACCAAUGUUAACAAAAGUGGUGACAAGAACAGCAACCAAAACAAUAUACAAAAUCCAAAUCCAAGCAUUAGCCAGUUGAAACGCCAAGUUGAGACAUUGAAUACAAUCAAAGACAAGUUUGAAAAACAUUCAGCAGAAGAAAUUAGCAAAAACUUGACCUACUUAGUUGCGUUAAAGGAGUUUAAAAAAGUUUACGAGAGUAAAGGCAAUAAAGAUAUUGACGGUUCCCAAGAUGUUGUGCAGAAUUUGGAAAAACUUAUAGGAUUAAAUAAUGAAUCGAUUGAAUUCAAUACAGAAGCGAGGGAUGAACUAAAGGAAUUAGACGAAAAAUUGGAUAGUAUCGCUAGGAGUAAUAGUGAUAACGAGGGUGCAAGGGAAGAUGAAAAUGAAUAUGGGGAUUCGGAAGAAACUUCACCACGGGUAGAAAGCAACAAGGAACAAGAGGGGCAUGAAUCACCUAAGCAAGAUACUGUAUUUGAAAAAAAGAAAAUACCUGAAGAGAAUGGAAGCAAAUCAAACACAUUAGCAAGUAAGUGGGCUAAUGAUGACAUUGAAAAAGACAUUGAUAGUGAAGGAAAAGAGGAAGAGGAUGAGAUGGAGGAGGAGAAGAAAGAAGAGGAAGAGAAAGAAAUUGAAGACGUGAAGGAAGAUGAGAUAGAAAAAGAAAAAGAUGAGGAAGUGAAAGAUAUAGAAGACGUGAAAGAAGAUGAGAAAGAGGAGGAAGUGAAAGAAAAAGAGGAAAUUGAAGACGUGAAGGAAGAUGAGAAAGAAGAUGAGAAAGAAGAGGAAGUGAAAGAAAAAGAGGAAAUUGAAGACGUGAAGGAAGAUGAGACAGAAAAAGAAAAAGAAGAAAAACAAGAUGAGAAAGAAGAUGAGAAAGAAGAGGAAGUGAAAGAAAUUGAAGACGUGAAGGAAGAUGAGGAAGUGAAAGAAAAAGAAGAAAAACAAGAUGAGAAAGAAGAGGAAGUGAAAGAAAAAGAAGACCUGAAAGAAGAUGAAAAAGGAGAUGAGAAAGAAGAUAGAAACAAUAACGUUCCUGAAGGAAUGCAGGAUUCAAUAUCAACAACUGAGACCAGUUUGAAAGGUGAGAAAACGUUGUCAGGUGAUACUCAAUCAUCUAACACUAAAGCUGAGAACCUUUCCCAUACUCAAGAUGCUGAAGGAAUAGAAAAGACUAAUACUGAGCCAGAAGAGAAUGCCAAAGCUGAAUCUCACAGUAAACCUCUUGAACCUGAAACCCCUGCACUUCUGGCUGAUGAGAAGCUCAACUUGAAGUAUGAUCUCGAGAAAGCAUCGACUCAAAAAGUAGAACGCAAGAGUGAAUCCUUCGACCCAGUAGAUUCAUCAGAUACUGCAAAAGUUACGCCUGAUGUUGAGUCUGCAGAGAGUGAAAAAAAGGAAACAAUGGAUAGUUUAGAUUGCUCACCUGACUCUUUAUCACCAGUGAAAAACGGAGAUGACGAUGCGAAUAAGGAAGCUUUCACCAUAGAAAUUUCCAAUCCCACAAAACAGCAGAGAGAAUUAGAAGAAGAGAAAGAAGAGAAAGAAGAAGAGAAAGAAGAGAAAGAAGAAAAAGAAGAAUUAGAAAAAGAGAAAGAAGAAGAAGAAGAAGAGAAAGAAGAAGAAGAAGAAGAGAAAGAAGAAGAAGAAGAGAAAGAAGAAGAAGAGAAAGAAGAAGAAGAAGAGAAAGAAGAAGAAGAAAAGAAAGAUGAUGAUGAUGAUAAAGAAAACCCAAACACUAGUAGUAUAAAUUCAGAAUCAGACAAACACGGCGAGAUUAAAGACCCGACAUUAUCCAACAACAUAGCUAAUAAAAUGGUUGCUGAGAGGCAGAGUAAUAAGGCCAUAAUUGAGCAUAAUCAGCACGAUCCAUUGUCCAACCCCAUGAGCGACCAGUCAAUCAAGGAUUUUGCGAGAAAAGCGUUUGGAGAUGGUGGACAAAUUAGUUGUCAAAAAGAGGAACAUAAAGAUGAAGCUAAUGAAAAAAAUGAAGUGGAUAAAACAACCGAAUCAAAUGACGAACAUCAUCAAGGAGAAGAAGAAGAAAAAGCAGAGGAAGAAGCAGAAGGAAGCGACGAGGAUCAGGAAAGUGAAAAAGGUGUAACUGAUACACCACUUUCUUCUUCUUCUUCGAAACUCACCACACCCUCGUCUGCGUCGAAAAACUCCUCACCAAAGAAGAAGAAAAAAGGUAAGAAUAAAAAGAAAUCAAAAACUACAUUUUGA